AGCCAUAACUGAUAAUGGCAGGGAGUUUCCUGGCCUCCAGUCUCCAGUGUGACGUAGUUUUCCCUUCGCCCAAAUCUCACCGCUGCCCUGGGCAACAGUCAAGCCGUCUGGGAAGGUAAAUCUGCUUGAGUCAAGAAUGUUAAGUCAUCUUGGUAAUACUGGGUUGGAUGCCUAACGUUGCCGGGAAAAAGACCAGGAGAACUCUCAGGAAAAAACUUAGCUGUAUCCAACAAUUCAGAUAUGGCGGAAGUGAAGUCAAUGUUUCGGGAAGUUCUUCCAAAACAAGGGCAGUUGUCAGUGGAAGAUAUAACCACAAUGGUGCUGUGUAAACCCAAACUUUUGCCCUUAAAAUCUCUGACUCUGGAAAAACUGGAGAAAAUGCAGCAAGCAGCCCAGGAUACGAUUCGCCAACAAGAAAUGGCAGAAAAGGAACAACAGCAAAUAACUCACUGAAUGGUAACUUUGCAGUUCUACAGAAUACCCUGUCUUACUAUUAACAAUAGCUAGACAAUAACUUGCAUCUGUAUACUGAAGAUGGUGUGUGUUAAUAAAACUGAUAGUGCUUAUAAAAUAAAAAUACCCAAAACUAAUGAAACCUGUGAAUUUAGACACACUCUGGUUUAUACUGAACAUGAGCAAUUAAAAAACUGAACCCAAA